AUGUCCGUUUAUACUCUUCUGCACGAUGCAGAAGCUUCAGCCUAUACCUCCGCAAACCCAGAGCCCUUCCGCAUACUCAGCAAGCACCUUCUCUUCCCCAACUUCGACGAACAUGAAUGGUGGCAUAAGUCCGGCCCGAUGUUGGCCAGGAUGCUCUCCGCUGCCAACUACGACGUCCACCAACAGUACAAAUAUCUGCUGCUCUAUGCCCUCCACGUCGUGCCGAUGAUUGGCCCCUUCCCGUGCCCAGACCGGCCUCAGCUCUACAGAAGCCCGUUCACCGGCAUAGGAGCAUUGGAGCUCAGCAACAACUUCACCCGGUCAAAAACCACAGUCCGAAUGGGUAUGGAGCCUAUCAGCUACCAGGCAACGACUGGCCCUGACUUUUUCAACCGAGUGAAAUCGGGCGAGAUGCUGAGUCGGUUGAAACAAGCAGGCGUUAACGUGGACUUGACUCUAUAUCAUCAGCUGAUCCACAGACUCACUUUGUCCGAUGAAGAGGUAGGCGCUUUCCUCAACGGGAAUGACACAAUGAAGCUGCCAUUCAAGUCCCAGACCGUCGUGGCUUUGGACUUUGGAGAGAAGGACGCGGUCGUCAAGUUAUAUCUCCUACCGAUGCUGAAAUCACAGGCCACCGGGGUCCCCUGCUCGGAGUUGAUAUUCUCUGCGGUCAAGUCCGUUGACACCGAUGGGCUCUUUCAGGACUCACUGGCCGUACUCGAGGAUUACUGUGUGAAACUCCCCCCGUCUGCUUCAGUGUAUUGGACGUGCUUCGACCUUCUCAAUCCCAAGGCCUCCCGAUUCAAAGUCUACUUAUUAGACACGCAGGUGGACUUCCAGCGGGUUACCGAUCUCUGGAUGCUAGGUGGCCGGCUUACAAGUCCUGAAGAUGCGAAAGGCCUUGAACUGCUCCGUGAACUGUGGGAAGCUCUUAAUAUAUCCGGCGUAGUUAGACAGUCGGCUGCGGAUCCGGGUCAGCCUGAUAAGACACGCGAGUCCAUGUACCUUUCAGCCAACUACGAACUUCAGCCGAGCCGAUCGCUUCAACAGCCGAAGAUCUAUCUACGCUUGGCUAGAAUGAAUGACAUGAGUAUCGCAAAAGCAAUUUCUAGCUUUAUCGAGAAGCACGUCAAUGCCGAGCAAGGGAGAACGUAUAUCGACAAUAUUACUUCGUUCGUGUGA